AUGGCAGAGCCAGUUGAUUUCUGUGUUUUCAGCGUUCUGGUGACAGGAUCCAAUCGGGGUCUGGGUCUGGGUCUGGUAAAGAGAUUUCUGGAGCUGCCCUGUCCACCCAAAUGGGUCUUUGCUACAACUCGGGAUAUGGAGGCAGAGAAAAGUAAGGAGCUAAGAGAGCUGGCUUGCAAAUGUCCAAAUCUAGUGGUCUUGCAAUUAGAUGUUACUAAACCUGAAAGCAUCCAGGCCGCUCUGAAAGAAGUGCAGAAGUAUGUUGGAGAAGAUGGGCUGACCAUCCUGUACAACAAUGCUGGCACUUGGGACUUCAACGAUCUGCAAACAGCAAAUGCCAAAGAUAUGAUGGAAGUUUAUUCUGUCGAUACCAUUGGUGCACUACGAAUGAGUCAGGCCUUCCUACCCCUGCUGAAGAAGGCAGCCCGGAGAAGCCCAUGUCAAGGGCUGAGGAGCAGCAAGGCGGCUGUUAUCAACAUGUCCAGCAUUGUAGGCUCAAUUGAACUUAUGGCUUAUUGGGACCAAUAUCAAGUCAUUGGAUACCGCUGUGCUAAGCAUCAGGCUCUUCUCCAGUGA